AUGAAACAACACGGCAAAACCACAUUACUACGUCAUAUCGCGUCCCGGGCAAUCAAUAUUCCAAGCCAUAUCGAUGUACUUCUUUGUGAACAAGAGGUCGUCGCGGACUCAACUCCAGCAUUCGAAAUGGUGCUCAAGUCUGACACUAAGCGAGUUGCAUUGUUGAAGGAGUGUGAAGAAUUGAAAGCCAAGGUCGAAGUAGAUCACGAUCAGGCCACUAUGGACCGACUGAAUGAAGUUUUCGAAGAGUUGAACGCUAUGAAGGCGGAUGCCGCUGAGGGGAAGGCUAAACGCAUUCUUUCUGGUCUCGGAUUCACACCAAAAAUGAUGGAACGACCUACUAAAGAUCUAUCAGGUGGUUGGCGUAUGCGUGUUAGCCUGGCCCGCGCCCUGUUUCUUGAGCCCACAUUUUUGCUUUUGGACGAACCGACGAACCACUUGGAUUUGAACGCGGUGAUCUGGUUGGACAAUUAUCUUCAGGGAUGGAAGAAAACAUUGCUUAUCGUCUCGCACGACCAGUCGUUUUUGGAUAAUGUAUGCACAGAUAUUAUCCAUCUGGAUCAGUGCCAGCUGUUCUACUAUCGUGGAAAUUACAACAGUUUCAAAAUUAUGCUGAAUCAACGGCGUAAAGAACAAUGGAAAGAGUACGAAAAACAAGAGAAGCGACUACGCGAGUUAAAACAACAAGGUAUGAGUUCGAAAAAGGCUGUGGAGAAAAAUAAGCGUGAAGUGGCCACACGUAAACAAGCUAAAGGGAAGCAGAUGCUAGCCAAAUCCGAUGACCAGUCUGCACCAACACCGCAACUGCUCACAAAGCCGAAGGAAUACAUUGUCAAGUUUCACUUCCCAAAUCCACCUCCACUCAAUCCGCCGUUACUCGGACUUCAUAGUGUCACUUUCGCCUACUCGAAUCAGAAACCACUGUUCCGUGACCUGAAUUUCGGUGUAGAUAUGUCUUCCCGGGUCUCAAUUGUCGGUCCCAAUGGAGUCGGCAAAUCCACGUUCCUCAAACUGCUUACUGGUGAAAUCACUCCGACCGAAGGCGAACGUCGGAUAAGUCAUCGAGUUAAAAUCGGAAAAUACGAUCAGCAUUCUGCCGAUCAAUUGGACCUAUCGUUGACUCCGACAGAAUAUCUUCAGAAACUGUUCAAUCUGUCCUAUCAAGACGCUCGAGGUACAUUAGGAAAAUUCGGGUUGGAGUCCCAUGCCCAUACUAUUCCGAAUGCUGAUCUUUCGGGUGGUCAACGAGCUCGUGUGGCUUUUGCAGAACUGUCUCGACGUGCUCCAGACAUUCUUAUCCUGGACGAACCGACAAACAACCUGGAUAUCGAAUCCAUAGAUGCGUUGGCUGUAGCUAUCAAUGAAUAUGAAGGAGGUGUCGUGAUUGUGAGUCACGAUGAACGCCUCAUCCGUGACACAAACUGCACUCUCUGGGUCAUUGAAGAUUGUACAAUUAACGAAAUCGAUGGCGACUUUGAUGAUUACCGAAAGGAAAUCCUACACGCCUUGGGCGAAGAACUGUUCAAUCCGAGCAAAGUGGCCGCUGCUGCCGGUUGUCUGUCAUAA